AUGGCCCUGUCGGAGUAUCGUCCCAUCCUGGCCAGCAGGCCUCCAUCGCAGUUUUUCUCCUCCAUGGCGGAUGUGACGCUAAGUCUCAUCCCCAUUAUUUUCAUUGUCCUGCGCAUUUGGAGCACAGUGCGCUUCGUCCUGCUGCUGGCUGAUUCUCCGGUCAGACAGCACCCGGUGUUGGUCACACUACACGGUAUCGGCAACACCUCGCAGGGAGCAGCCAACCGCAUCAUGUUUGUGUUGUUUACUCAGCCCAUCUGCUCUCGCCUCUGCACCUCGCUCUGUUGCUGCUGCUCUAAAUGCCGAGCGGAGGCGCUGCGCUCAGACGGUACCCCACAGCGGCAACAGACGAGACGGGACUCGUCCACCCAGAGAGAAGAAGAAGAAGAAGACGGCACCAGUUGUGCGCAGUCGAACAGAUGAUGCCUCGCUCUGCGAUGGGCUUGUGUGAAGCUGGACUGAGCAGCUGAGGUGGAGGAAGUGGUGGAGGUUUCCAUCGCGCUCAAAGCCUCGAUAAAGCAUGGGUAGAGAUGCUACUGGUGCAUCUUUGUUACAGACUGCAGUCAUUGGGUUGAUGUUAGGGGUUAGGGUUAGUGUCAA